UUCCAGCAACGGUUGUGCCAGUUAUGUUUCAUACUGCAUAUGAAAAUAUCAACUUCAUGUGUUUGCUGUAGUUUAGAGAACUAAUGUCAAUAAGCAAACUACACCUCCAGGCUUGGUUCAGUGUUGAUGAUCCACAGUUACUGGAUUCGACAGAUAACGUAUGAAUAACUAGUUAUUCUGGUUGCUUUGUACAUUGUGUUUAUGUUUGAGGUUAUUUUUGGAGAUCUGAACAGUGCGUGGAGACGGGGCCUCUGUUGAAAUCCAAGUUCAUUGUGAGGUAGAGAUAUGUAGCUGAAAAACAUCGUUAUUUCUAAUAAUAAUUAACUACAUGUGCAUUUCCUGAAAUACCAGUGAUUGCAAGGUAGCAAAAGACUGGUGUUCAAGUUUUAGGUGAGUUAAGGUUUCAAGUAUUGGUUCAAUGUAAAUAACGUACAGAAUCUAAGCAACUGUAUUGAUUAUAUAAUUAAUUCGGGUCGUAUCUAUCUACUAAUUUAUGGUUAGUAUGUGAGAAAUGUUAUUCGUAACGUAACUGAUCACUCUUAAUCAUACUGUAAAGAUGUCUCUACAGGGUUCUGUGGCAGGAACUGAGUUCUAGAUAGAAACUAAAUGACUAGCGCAAUUAAGCAAUAUUACAAUACCAAUUUAUCUGUGUAAUAAUUACAGCGCAUUGUUUUAGGCAGUAUUUACAGUUAUCCUCUUUUCCCUUCCAAUAAACAAGGUUUCAAGUGAAGCCGCAGCAGAGUGUUACUCCUCGAUGAAUCGAAGUUUGAACUAAUCGGUUAAACGAGUGAUUCAGCGACUCACUUUUGAAGACACUCGUCGCCAUCUACCGGUGCUAUCACGUAACAUGCAGAAAGGGUCAUUGAAAAACCUGCAUAACUACUGCUGGAACAAACACGGACAAGUAGAGUGAUAGAAACAGUGAAACUGUUGGACUGUCUUAAUCGGUUAAUCAGAUUUAACGACCGGAAUGAACUGUUGUAUAAUCAGUAACUGUUCAGUUAGUUAGCUUUGAGGCAGUUACCAAAACAAAAAAUAUCUGGGUGAACAAACACUCAACAGCCUGUUGCUUAAAGCUUCUCUUUAUAUAUUUUUUAACAGUUCCCCUUGAUGGAGGAUGAGGGGCUGACCAUGAAGAAGACAGGGGUCUCCCUCUCUGUGUCCCUCUCAAGAGCCUCUCCAGGACCCCGACUCAGAUGUGUAUGCCAAGUUCUUCAUGAGUCACUGCUGCUACGAUGCCAUUCCAACGAGCUCCAAACUGGUCAUCUUUGACACAACGCUGCAGGUGAAAAAAGCAUUCUUUGCACUGGUUGCAAACGGGGUCAGAGCGGCACCUUUAUGGGAUAACAAGAUGCAGUGUUUCGUAGGGAUGCUCACCAUUACAGACUUUAUCAACAUUCUCCAUCGUUACUACAGAUCUCCCAUGGUUCAGAUUUAUGAGCUGGAGGAACACAAGAUUGAAACAUGGAGAGAGGUCUAUCUACAGUAUUCUCUCAACUCCCUGAUCAGCAUCACACCUGACUCCAGCCUCUUCGAAGCCAUUUAUUCCUUACUGAAGAACAAGAUUCACCGACUACCCGUCAUAGACCCAGAAUCGGGGAACGUCCUCCACAUACUCACCCAUAAACGCAUCCUCAAGUUCUUACACAUCUUUGGCUCGAUGAUCCCAAAGCCACGAUUCUUACAGAAGCGGAUUGAGGAAGUGAAAAUCGGAACAUUCAAGAGCAUUGCAACUAUCAGAGACACAGAAACCGUUUAUGAUGCUUUAUCAAUAUUUGUAGAGCGACGGGUCUCAGCCCUGCCUGUCGUCAACGAGCAAGGCAAAGUGGUGGCACUUUACUCCAGAUUUGAUGUCAUUAAUUUGGCUGCGCAGAAAAGCUACAACAACCUGAACAUGACGAUGCGGGAGGUCAUUCAGAGCCGCUGGUGCUGCAUCGAGGGGGUGCUGAAGUGUUACCCUCACGAGACCCUCGAAACCAUCAUCGAUAGGAUCGCUGAGGCUGAGGUUCACCGUCUAGUGCUGGUGGACACGGAGGACGUGGUGAUGGGAAUCGUCUCGCUGUCUGAUUUGCUUCAGGCGCUGGUCUUGACUCCUGCAGGCGUUGAAGCGCUUUUCACUUAACACCAGUGGAGGGCUCCCUCUCCGCCCGUCAUCCUCAUUUCGUAUCAUACCAGAAAUUUGUCCGUGAAGAUGAAUGUUCGAAGAUAUAACGUGUACAUAUUUUUAAUGUCGCAGGCACUUUGGGAUUUUAUGCAUCACUUUAAACAUGUCUAAUUUUUUUUUUUUGCGAUUUACCUUUUAUAUUUGUAUAAUUUAUGAAAUAGUUAGUCAUUUGAAAUGUGAUGUCAGAUAAAACUACAGAUAUUUUGUCACGCAGUGUGUGUGUUUUAAUAACAUUUUUGUUAUAAACCUUCUUGACCCCUGAUCCUCUCGGUGUAAAUAAACAGAUAAUCGUGUCAUAUAUUUAGUCAUAUAACUGAAGUGUUUCUACAGAUUUUUCGUACAGUAGAUUUACAAUGUUAUAUUUCACAAAUGUUCUUUUUUCAUAACACACACAAGAUGCUUCUUUUAUUGAUUGUACAGUGCAAUUCUUUUGGUAAAGAAAAAGUUGUCUGGGUAAAAAAAAUAAAUAAAACUUAAUAUUAUAAGCAACAAACCAUAAUAUAUAUCAUAUAAGCAUAAGCAUAAUUUGUAUAUAUAAUUUGUAUAAAAUGUGUUUUUUACGUUUCAAUGUGAGAAAAUAAAUCAUUCGGCCUGUCGACGGCAAAUACAGAGUUCAGUGUUUGAAUUGUUGCUGCAUAUAUUUACCAGAGGUGUAUCCUUGUACAUCCUGCUUUUCAGUGUUAGCAAACAGUGUCAUGCUAAGUACUUAGGACUUUCUAAGUAGGAGUUUAACAACCUAAUUUGCAUCAUUUGCGCUUCAGACCAGUUUGAACACCUACAUUUAUUUCAGUACGUACAUUAAAUAUCUCAAACACUGACUAAUGUUUUGAAGCGCUUGAUCCACAGAACUACUGUAUGUCAGUGACUAAUGUUUUAAGACAGUGUGAACAAGUUAACGCUAUUCAAAUAAAAUUAAACGCUUUAUAAUAAGCCUGAUCGAGUUAACAUUACCCAAGGCAAAAGUUAACAUGUACUAAUAACAGC